CAUAGGUGGCAUAAGAAAGUACUAAAGACCAGAGAUCCUAUCAUUGUGUCGAUCGGAUGGAGACGCUAUCAACAUGUAAACUGGAUGCACUAAGAUCUGUUUGUCUUCCAAACACAGUCAAUGACUCCACAACAUUAGUUAACGGUGAUAAUAGUAGUUUCAUGACUAGCCAUUCUGAAUUACCAUCAAACGAGGCAAUGACAUCAUCUGUUACUUCUGGAAGAUCCGAGGCUGACAAAUCGUGUGAGGAAAAUGCUAAAACUGAACAGCCAAUUGGAGAGGAUAAAGUUAGCCAAGCUGACAUUAGGAAGAAAGAAAAGCUCAUAAAGCCAUCCAGCAAUUUAAGCUACUUGAACAGCACAAGAUGAAGAAGAAAAAAGGAACGGCGCAGAAGAAGAAGGAAGUGUAUGAAGGGAAGAAAGCUAAGAACGAGGAAAUAAAUAAGAAACGGAGGAGAGAGGAGAGACGUGAGAGAUAUUGUGAAGAAGAUAAAAAGAAGCCAUGAUUAAUUUCUUAAUUACCUUGCCUUGAGUUUUUUUUUUUUUUUUUUUGUUGCUCCAGACCAGAGAUUCCUACCAAGUCUGUGUAAUGAUACUUUAAGUUUUGUUUUCAUGUUUGUUCACUGCUGCUGUGUUGCUUUUUUCCUCAACUUCUGAAUUAUUUUAUCACAAUUUUCUCUAAAAAUCCCAAAAUUU